AUGGCUGAUGACGAUCUCGCCGAAAAUUGGCUCAUCAGUGAGCCUGUUGUGACCCAAUGGUAUGAUCGUGAAGAGCGGCGGCUCAGAUAUCUGGGCUUUGCUUCCCCUCCUAAUUGGAGAUCACAUCUUACUCUCAACCUUGGUCUUGACAUCUCGGAAUCCAAGCGCGAGGUUCUCUUUUGGUUUCGCCUCCCAAUCCGCGUAAAGUCAAAAACAUCGAAAAGGCCGACCAAGUUCUACGUAUACUUCAUCGUCGAGCUGGAUAUGUUUGAUGUAGAUGGGGAAGAUCAAGGACUCUGCUUUUCUCAGCAGUCAACCGUACCACCGGCAGUUCAAUUCGCCUUCAAAGGCAGCAGCAUCUGCCAGUCAGAUGAUGAGCUCGUUCGCCUGCGUUUCAAUCUAAAGAAGCCUGGUGUUGUCGUCAUGCCGAAAGCCGACGACGGGCCCUUCGAGCCCUCUGCCGUCAAUCAGGAAGUGCUACUCGCCUUGAAGUCGCUCUCCCAAGCGACCAAGUUCAGCGCCUACGUGCCUCAGAGUUCCCUGUCCAUUAGCCGUCUCGAAACGCUCUGUUGGAUGGUGCAGCACGGGGAUCUGCAGUCACGGCCCCGCGAGCUUCACACCCUCUAUCACGGCAAAGGCGGCGAAGUUAAUGCAUGGGAGAAUUUCAUUUUUUGCUCAGAUCAAGAAGAGACGUCAGGUCCUUCUCGCGCGGACAAGCCGGCGGAAUGGUCCAUCGUGCAGGAGCCGAUCUCAAUUGCCGAGGGUCAGGGUGUGCCGUCGGAGUCCGCUUCAGCCAAGGGACCAUCGUCCGGCGAGAAGCAAGCUACCGUCACUGAGGUACAGGAGCAAGCCGUACUACAGUCUGUGGAAAAGGACAACCAGCCGAAAGCCUCACAGCAGAAUGAGGCUCGGGCGGAGGAACGGCAAGGCAGCAUUCCACCAACCUACCAAGAAGCCGUCUCCCCUCCACCACCAGCUGCAAGCGCUGCCACAGCCCACCCUGCACCGCGGGCUGCACAGUCUUUUAGCAUCGCACCAACCAACACGCCUCCAGAAAGGAGACGGCAGUGGAGCGCUCCUCCAGUUUUUCGGAGAUCAUCUGAGGGCCGUCACUCUGCAUCUACCUCCCUCCAGCCACUUUCCGAGCUUGAAAGUCCCAUUGCGGUGUCCAAGGGCCAAGCUUCGUCCGAGAUCGUAGACCAGAUCGCUCCCCCGGCGUACAAACGUACCAAACCUCCCUCAGAUGACGAGCUGGGUGACGAUGACCUGGAAACGGCCGCCACCUCCACAAAGGACAGAAAAGCCCAAAAAUCUCGUCUCAAGUCAAAGACCGCAAGCAAAGCCCCUCGCCCUUCGAAACAAGUCCGCUUCGACAACACCAGCACAACAACACGCCACAACCACCGCAGCAGCAGCACCACCACCACCGCAGCCGCAUCCCCACCCCCAUCCUCAUCAUUUCCGCCACCCCAACCCCUCCCAUCCGCCCUCACCACCGCCGGCGACGGAUCAUCCUCAUCCUCAUCCCUCACCGCCCUCGCCGGCGCCCUGCCCAAACCCCAAGCCACUCUCCUCCGGCAGACGAUCGACUGGUUCAAGUGGGCGUGGACGACGGACCGGAGGGCGCACGUGGGGCUGACGCAUCCGCACCUGCGCGAGCUGGGCAGCUGCGCGCGGGCGGGCGACGUGGCCGGGUUCUAUCGGGUGCGGGCGAGGUGUUCGGCGAGGGUGGUGUACGCAGGCGUGCGGCAGCGGGGAGAAGGAGGAGAGAACAGUAGUAGUCAACAGCUAUUGGAAGAGCUGGAACAGUUUCUGCUGUGGAUGGCGGAGGUGGCGCCCGAGGCGGAGAUGGCGUUGACGGGGGAACUGCGGGAGUUGGGGAGGCUGGCGAGGGAGGGGGAUGCGGCGUGGCUGGAGCACGGGCAGGCGGUUUGUGCGGGGUUUGUGUUGUUUUGGUUUGGGAGGGUGGAGGAGGGGACCAAUGCGUGA